GAAGUGAACCGGGGCCGGAGCGAUGGCCCGGGUUUGGAGCCCGCGGCCGCCGUUGCUGCCAUCAGAUCGUCGGGAGCAACCGCGGCCGCAGCUGGAGCAGGAGUCGGAGUCGUGGCUUGAGUGGAGGCAGCGCGUGUGAGUUGCCGAGGUCACCCGUGCCGGAACACCUCAGACUUUGGGCAGGAGCGCUUCGGGUGGGCUGAGCCACCGUCUCCCCACCGCACCCCGCUCCCCAGGCCCCAGCAGCAGGGCCGGGUCUCUCUAGGCGCGGGAUUGGCUUCUCUCAAGUCGAGACCUCCGAGCCGGGCUCUUGGUCAUCCUAGGUCUUGGGUUCCCUUCAAACUCCGGACGGUAAUCACCCCAGACCCUGGCAUUUUCUCGGCGCCCAGGCGUUGUCGAGAUUUUAGCGGCUGCCUCCUCCUACUGCCGUCUCUCCAGCUAGGAAGGAAUUAGUGCAUUCCCACUGUUGUGCUCGACACUUCCCCUUUCCUCCCAUUCAAAAACAAGUUUCUAACCUCUCCGUUGGAAAUCCUGCCCCGGAAGUCCAAAACACCUAUCUGUGCGUCCUUCCCCAGUUACUGGAGCGCGCUUAGAAAUAUUAUCUACUUAUCAGGGCCGAGAAUCUCUCAUUCUUAACUGAGCUUUUUAUCCCUUCGGAGGUAAAGGUCGGCCCCAUUUCCACCUUAUCUGACACUCCAAGCCCUGGGUCUUACCCAUUUGGAUCACCAACUUCCUGGCCAUCUCUAUGUGGCAUCUGCCACCCAUCUGAGUUCCAGGUUCCUUUGUGCUCCAGUCCCUAUCCCCCAGCAGAUCUGGUCAGUCCCACCCCUGGGUGGGACUGACCCGGGGCUCUGGCCCAGGAUUCCCCACCCUGGAAGGCAGCCUCAAGGCAACGAGAGAAUUGGGCGUUGGGUACGAACCUGGCAACUCGGGAGUGGGAGCUCCACUCACCCCACACAAGAAGAUGAAAAAGCGCAAAGAGCUGAAUGCAUUGAUCGGCUUGGCGGGGGACAGCCGGAGAAAGAAGCCCAAGAAAGGUUCAGGACACCGCCUUCUUCGCACUGAGCCUCCUGCCUCAGACUCUGAAUCCAGCUCCGAGGAGGAAGAGGAAUUCGGUGUGACUGGAAAUCGCUCUCGCUUUGUCAAGGGAGACUAUUUACGAUGCUGCAAGAUCUGUUAUCCCCUCUGUGCUUUUGUCAUCCUUGCUGCCUGUGUCGUGGCCUGCGUUGGCUUGGUGUGGAUGCAAGUUGCUCUGAAGGAGGAUCUGGAUGCCCUCAAGGAAAAAUUUAGAACAAUGGAAUCUAAUCAGAAAAGCUCAUUCCAAGAAAUUCCCAAACUUAAUGAAGAACUACUCACCACACAAAAACAACUUGAGAAGAUUGAAUCUGGAGAGCUAGGCUUGAACAAAGUCUGGAUGAACGUCACAGAAAUGAAUAAGCAGAUUUCUCUGUUGACUUCUGCAGUAAACCACCUCAAAGCCAGUGUUAAGUCAGCUGCAGACUUAAUUAGCCUGCCUGCCACUGUAGAGGGACUUCAGAAGAGUGUAGCGUCCAUUGGCAAUACUUUAAACAGUGUCCAUCUUGCUGUGGAGGCAAUACAGAAAACUGUGGAUGAACACAAAAAAACCAUGGAGUUACUGCAGAGUGAUUCGCACUUCUUGAAGGAGACCAGCAGAAGCAGCCAGAUGACUCCUUUACCUCCAGCUACAUCAGAACUUGACAAUAACACCCACAGUGAGAAUUUGAAACAGGAUAUCCUGUACCUUCACAACUCUUUAGAGGAGGUAAACAGUGCCUUUAUUGGGUACCAGAGACAGAAUGAUCUUAAACUCGAAGGGAUGAAUGAGACAGUCAGUAAUCUCACCCAGAGAGUCACCUUGGUAGAAAGAGAUCUGGUUGCUGCAAGCAAGGUAGAAAAGCACGCAAACCUGUCCUUCAGCACGACGAGUGAUAGAGCUGCAACUCUGAAAAGAGAGUCUUUGCAUCAAGUGACCAACAGAACAGAUACAGUUAAAACUCAAAGCAGAAAGAAAGAAGAUAGUUCAGAUUCUCAGGUAUCCAAGCUAAGAGAGAAACUGCAGCUGAUCAGUGCUCUCACCAACAAACCUGACAGCAACAGGCCUCCAGAAACCACCAAUGAAGAACAAGUACAGAGUUUCACAUCAAAGCCAUCAGCAUUGCCAAAAUCUCCACAGUCUCCUGGAGACAAAAGUGAGAAAGCUGUCCAGCUAAGAUCUAUCUUUCUACCAGGAAUUUCUAGCCUCAAAGAUCUUCAGGAUUUAUUCCAAACGACUGGCCAGGACGGAAAGCUGACCUACCAAGAAAUCUGGAACUCAUUAGGCUCUGCUAUGCCAGAACCGGAGAAUUUAAGAGAAUUUGAUUCUGAUGGAGAUGGAAGAUACUCAUUCCUGGAGCUCAGAGCAGCAUUAGGUGUCUAGCCUCAUUAGGCUGCUUUCAGAAAUGGAUAUAUAUCCUGGACUACCUGAUACCUACUCUAACAAAAUCAACCCUUUUACUUAACCAUCAAUCCUCCAGUCCUCCAAACAACUGUAGCAGACACAUUGCCACCUUUUAGCUUGUUUGAAAAAGCUAUAUGAAAAUUAUUUUUUUAAAAAAGACCAUUUUACUUAUAAUAUUCAGAAGUCUAUGAUUUCCUAAAACCAAUAAGAUCUUAAUUUUUAAAUUGCUAGAAAAAAAAUCAAGCCCUCUUUUUUUUCUCUCUCUCUUUCCUUUUUUUGAGGGGAGGAGACCUUAUCUUUUAAAACUGGAAACUGUAUAUAGAGGGGAUAAGCCACCUUUUAUAUUUCACAUAAAUCUGCCUUAAAUUAGCUGCACUUUAUAGACUCAGAAAAUGUCUUUCCUUUAAAAGAUAGACCUUUUCUGUUUGUAAAUACUUAAAAUGAAAGAGAACUGUGCAUAUUUUGUAGGAAGUAGGAAGAAUGGUUUGAAACAGGAUGUGAACAAAUGACUUGCUAUUAAAAAUCACUAAUCUGAUCUGGUAGCAGCUGAAACUAUGUCCACAUCCCCUUAAGGUAUCUCUUUUAGGUGCUGCCCUGGGGUUUUGCCUGGUGGCUGGGGUACUAGAUAUAGGAAGUGGGCACUGUGGGGCACAGUGCCACCUCCCGCCUCAGGAAAGUAAGAUUCUGGCUCUUUGUUCCUGCCCUCUCAGCUAAUCCCAACCUGUGCACCAGAGAAGUCCUGUUGGGGACUUUUCUCAUUUUUAAUCCUAUUUCAGGGUUUAUGAUUAUAAAAAGUAUCUAGUGGGAGCUACGUUUCACCCCUGAGUGACCUAGAUUAUCUUCCCCCAUCCACCCACUCAAAUUUGUCUUAAGUUGUAGCUGACCUCCACCUCUAAUACUGUCUCCAUUCUGAAUGGCAGGGCUGAAGCCCUUUGGUCACUGUCUCAGUCUGGCUACCCAGGAGCUUUAGGGAAGAAAUGUGCCUCUAAUUUUGACCCAAGAAAUUCCUUGAGAUUUUACCUGAAAGCUAAUCAAGGACCUAAUGUGUUCCUCUAUGUUCUAAGGCCAAAAAGGUUGUGAAAUGAAACACAAGAAGUCAUACUAGAUUUUCGUACGGUUACCAGCUCAGAAGUAGCUAGAGGCUUUCUGUCCUGAGGAUGCCAGACAAUAGCAAGCAGGCCUAAAGCAGAGGGCUUCAUAUGAUGGUAGCAAGUUUUUUCAAAUUUCAUACAAGAAAGUUGUUGAUUUUUAUUUCAAAUUCCUUUUCUUUCUGGCAGCUCCUAUACUCUGUUUUGAAAAUACUCUGAAAAUAAUUCUCCCUUUAAAUACUUAUGUAAGUCAGGUACUAAAGAGCCCCCUGGUCUGGAAGGAAAUGUACCUCCAUGUCACUUGUGUGUGUGCUGUGUUGUUCUUAGAAGCAGUCUUUGGACAACACAAAGGUUAAAGAAGUUUGAAAAUCAGCUGUGCUUAUGCCAAGUCAGGGAGAAACUAGAAAAGCUUUCAUGGCACAGAUUUAUUUAGUAGAACUCUGUUUUAACUUUGUCCAUGUUGCCCUGUUAUCCAUGGAUGCAGUUGAGCACCCUUAAACUUUGAAGGGCUGGGGUUUUUUUUCUCUAUUUGAUUUUCAGCUUGCUGGUGAAACUUGAUAUUUUUCCUAGAAGCAUUAAAAUUUAGUUAAAACAAGAUGAAGUCUUUCCCAUGAAUGGUGUCUACUUACCUCACUGUGGCUUAUGCUACAUUCUUUUGUUUUUAAUUUAACAUUUUGCUUGUCCAUCUGAGCUAUUUUCCUCUCUUAAAAAGGUUAAAAUACAGUAUAAAAUCAGCCUGGCACUUUGGGUAACUUGAAGAUAGCACUCUUCUGGCUGCCUUCCAUGACUACCCUCCACCUUUUUUUUUUAAUAUAUACCCUUAUAGGUUUUGUAACAACCAAAUAAAAUACUAGCAAUAAUUUGAAUUAUACUGCUAUAUUUGUAUAUGCUAUACCAUAAAUAGUAUGUCUGUACCUGGAAGGUAUUUUUUUGAGAACUGAUUUAUAUGAAAUAUAUUCGAGGGUAAUGUAGCUUGUCCUUUUUAGGUUCAGAUUCUUAUUCAUAGGCAGAUACUUUGAGGACACCUUAACUCUUUGUUGUAUAUACUUUUCUUUUGUAUGAGAGAGCUAUACGUGGAGAAGUCAGUUUUAUUUUUAACUUAUCGUGUUCUUCCUGCCUCAAGCUUGCUGGCAAGCAUCUCAUUCCUGAGCCAGCUGUGCUGUACUGUACCAUCCUCUCCCCCUACCAAAUUUGGCACAGUUGUUUCUGCUACAUCGCCAGACCUGUAAAUGCCCUUGUCAUUCUGUCUGAGAAAGUGCCCUAUCUCCCAGGCAGAACUAGGGCAUUUUAAACUCUUUUGUUAGGUUGGCUUAAGGAAAGAGCCCCCAAAGUCUACUUUAUUAAGUGUGGAUUUGAGAAUCUUAUUUGUAAAUUGUCUUAACUUACCUAACCUGCAGCUUGUGUUGGGCUGUGGUCAGUCAAGUCUCACUUGCCACAUCUUGGCUCUGAAAAGAAUACUGGGCUUGUGGUGGUGCGUUUGUUGUUGGUCUUCAUUUGAAAUACUUUCACCUUUUCCCUCUGGCAACUCCUGCAGCUGCUGUUCCCCAUCCACUGCUUCUUGGUCCUUUUGUUUUUGGCCUUUUCCUGUCUGGUGUAAUGUUGACUUAGAGGGCCUCCCCAUAAAUUAGGGAGGCAAAAAGGUGUUAUACGAAGAGAAGGCCCAAAAGGAGAACCUGGCUUAGGAAUGACCAUAGUGUCACUCUGAGGGCAGAGGGUCCUGGCACAUAGGGGUGUGUCUACCACAGCAACACUGACGAGUGGACACCUUCACCUGCCACUGGCUGCUUCCACUUCCGUGGGUGUUGCCUCACUUUCCUUUGCUAGACAGAACCCUGUCUCCCCCCACCCGCUGGGCUUGCUGGUCACAGUGGAAGAUUUUGACUGUGAUGGGCUCAUACUCAUAAUGGCCUGCUCUUGUGUCGUUUUUAGUGACAGCUUUUGUUUGCUACACACCUCAUUGGCUUGCUUGCCAACACCAGCCCGAUGUGGUCCCUUCUUUCCUAUACAAACCAGAAAACAUUUGGGUAUUUCUGAGACUUUAUAGAGUGUGUAUUGUUUGUUAUACGAACCUAACUUACCUUGUUGUUUUCUCAUAUUAAGAAAUGUAAAUCUACUUUGCCUUUAGUGGAGCUAUUUUGGUAACGUAUAAGCAAUUUUUGGUUCUGCUUUGGGAAUGAAUUCAAGGUUUCUGCAACUUGAUUUAAGCUUUGUUUAUUUCUUUCCAGUAAUACAGCCAUUUUAAUUUAUCUAAAUAAAGCAUUUCCUUUAUC